AUGUCAUGGUUAAGUGAACUUCAAAAAUUGACUUGCAGGAAUGCACAAGAAUCGAGAAGCGUAAAAAAAACUCUUAGGUCAAGACUCCGAAACACACGAGAAUUCCAUCUUACAGCAGUGAACUGUGAUGACAAUAAAUCAACUAAGAAAAGUUGUUGGAUGUUCCCUAUCCUUAAUACUCAGCUAUUGUUCUGUCUCGUCUUCUAUACUGUAUAUGCACAUAGAAAUAAAAUCGGAAGGAAUUUCGCUUUAUUGGACUUCAUGAUUGCGCUUACAUUUACUUGUUCGCAGAAGACAAAAGACGGCAGUCAUAUGUUUAUGAAGAACAAGCGGACAAGCGAGCCAGUAAAACAUGGAAAACAAGAUAUCGUUUUGUCAAGGAGUGGAAUAACAGCAACAGCAGCAUUGACUACAUCACAAAAAGAAUGGGAUCCCUUAAAAAGAAGUAAAGCUAAAGGUUACAGGAUGAAAGCAAUUUUCAAAAUAAGGAAAAAAUCUUAA